AUGGGGAACAGCUCUUCAAAGGACGAACGCAGGGCUGCGCAGUCCAGACAUGGCCAUGGACAUGCCACUACCGCGGAACUAUCCCCCACGCAGGCACAAGCACCCAACGAACGACUAGCGGGUCGGAUAUACGCUUCUCGAAAUGGUAGUGCCAGAGGGAGCAGGCACGACCUGUCAUUCUUACAUCUGGGGAGAGGGGAUCGAGAGAAUGAGAUUGCAGCGCCGGAAAGGCCGCGAGAAACAAAGCAAGAACGAGAGGCGCGGCGGGCAGAGAGAGAACGACAGGCCCGAUUGAAAGAGCGUGAGAGGAGUAUGCGGGAAGAGCAUGUGGAUGGCGGAUAUCUGGUGACGCUGGGGGUGUAUACCGGGGCAGAGGACUUCAGCAAACCAAUCGUGCGGCAGCUCCAGAUCGAGAGAAGGCUGGCUCCGUUUUGGAAAGGGUUGGAAGACCACUCCGAGUCCUGGACGGAGGCACAACUUGUUGCUGCUGCGAGAGGGCUGCCCAUACCCGAACCUGAUGCGGUCCCGCCAGAUAUGGCUCGUACAGGCUCGCAGGCCUCCUCCAACCCUCGUGCAUCCGACAUCAACGUCAACAGCCUGACUGUGCCGAUCACGUCUAGGUCACAAUCGUAUCAGUCAGACAGAUCGGCCAACCUCUCCGCGUCACAUCCAGCCUUCUCCUCAAACUCCGGCCCAUCAUCACCUACAAGUCCGACUUCAAACAACCCGCUCUUUCGAGGUCGCGCGAAGACACUGGCAUCGACCUUGAUUGGGAAGAGUCAAUCACCUGAACUCACACCUCAAGAGAUCCGCCUCCCCAACGAGCCGAACGUCAACGGCCAGCCACUGGAAGCCUACUUGUACAAAGAUGCAUCUGAAUGUCCCAUCUGCUUCAUGUACUAUCCACCUUACCUCAACAAGACUCGAUGUUGCGACCAACCCAUCUGUUCAGAAUGCUUCGUACAGAUCAAACGACCCGACCCACAUCCACCAGAGCACGAACAACCCGGCCAGCCACGACCACCGGAGGAGGAGGCCGAAAUGCUGGUAUCCGAGGUUGCAGCUUGUCCCUUUUGCGUGACGCCUGAGUUUGGUGUGACUUACGAGCCACCGCCCAUGAGGCGAGGCUUGGCAUAUGCACAUCAGCAGAAUCCGCUGAAGAACCCGACUUCUGCAAUGUCAUCAUCUACUUCGUUACAGACGGGCGGGCGACGUCGCGCCACGUCACUGUCUGCUUCAGAUCCACAUGUCAUUACCACUGACCGAGUGAGACCAGACUGGGCAAAGAAGUUGGCCGAUGCGAGAGCGCAUGCUCUGAGGAGGUCUGCUGCUGCCACAGCGUUACACAACGCGGCGUAUGUGCUAGGUAAUCAAGGUGAUGGGUCAAGUCGUGGUGGUAUUUCGCUGGGCCGGCGGCGAAGGACGCUAUUUGGGGACAGUCCUAACGCUAGUGGCAGUGGUACUCCACGAGAAGGUAUGUCUCCGGCAGAGUACGAUGCCUACUUUCGUCCAUCUAACAGACGUCAAGGCGAGGGUAAUGGAAAUGGCGAUCUGGUGUCUGGUCGAUCGAGCUCGCGGCGGAACCGAGUCGAAGACCUUGAAGAUUUGAUGAUGAUGGAGGCGAUAAGAUUGUCGUUGGCUGCUGAAGAGGAGCGCAAACGGAAGGAAGAAAAGGAAGCACAGAAGGAGGCGAAGAAGAAGGCUAAAGCUGACAGGAAAGAGGAGAAGAAGGCGGAGAAGGUUGCGAAGAAGAAUGGGAGCAGCGGGUCGUUGUAUCAUGUUGGUACUAAUGACAGUAGCAGCACCUGGGCCAGCACGAGCAUGGCGCGGUCGACGAGCAAUCUGGGAACGCAGCCUCCUAUCCCUGAGGAGGAUCUCCCGGGAAAAGGCAAGCAGCCGGUGCAAGACUUUGCUGGCUUUAAUCCUUUGCAAGAGCCGACAUCGACGCUGAAUAGAGAGGCGUCACCGUCUCCGCCGACGACAGCUUCUGAAGCACAGAGACAUUUGGAGGAGUCGAGAGCGAAUCUUCAGCCUCCCGCUUCCGCGCCUAUCUCCACACCCAGCAAUCCUCGCUCGACACACCUCCGACAGCUAUCGAACGCAUCUUCAGCAGCAUCGUCGUUUGUGGAAUCACCCACCCCUGGAAGCCUUCGUGCCGAAUUUAACAUGACAAACGCAAGUGGUUUGGAUGUUACCGCCGGAGCACAGCAAGCUGAUGGCGGAUCGAACCUCUCAUCAGGGGCAGUCACACCAGCAGCAGCAGGAGCAACGAGCAGCGAACCCAUGUUCAACUUCCGCUCCCUCGCCGCCAUGAUCGGCGAAGAAGACAAAGCCGAAAAGAACGAACACAUCGAGCACGCAGGCGACGGCCCCGCCAGCACCACGACAGCCGAAGACGACCUGAAAGAGCCGAGCCCCACAAGCUCCCCGCGAGCCGCACCCGCCUCCCUCCUUGUCGACGAGAGCACACAGAACCGCUCCCGGGGCGACAGCGGCGAAUCGAGCAGUUCUGCGCCGCCGCCCAUCUACGUCGAGGAACAUCGCACGGAGUCUGAGAAGGACGCCGAUGAGAUUCGUCCGGCACCUGGUAUGACGCAGUUGCGGCAUGAUCCUGAUCAGAAGGAAUUUGGACGCGUGAAUGUGGAUGUGGAUGUGGCGGCGCAUGGGCAGAUGCAUUAG